AUGGCGUAUAGACAACUCCAACUAGAAGAACCGGAAUUUCGGUGUCUCUGCAUCGAGCGCGUCUGCAAAUUAUGCCGGUUCCCUUUCACACCUGGGAUGAAGAUUGUCAUAGGUGCCGAGAACGCCUACGAAUCGAAACCUUUCAGCUUUCCAGACGAGUACGAUUACGAAUUAUCCAACGAGGAGUGGCGGCUCUGCUUCCGUUCCUGCUCACCACUUUGUUCGCAUUAUGACGGCUCGUCCUACGGCUUCCACGUUGAAUGCCUCGCAUUCGCCCGCCGCUUCGACAUGAGGUUCUUCAAGAUGCUCAAUGCCACUGUGAGCUCUUACCAACCUCUCGAAAUCGAUCGGGAACGGAGACACAAACACAUGGUGGGCCUCAUCACGUCGAGGAUCCAGGCGACAUACAGGAGAUUGCCCACCGAGGUCUGGCGAAUGGUUGCCGAGCACCUUGUUCCGUUUUACGCAAUUGCCGCGCUCUUGUCACUGUCCGAAAUCGAAUCCUACCGCGAAAUAGAUGCGUGUGCGAAAGCCUGGGCGACGUAUGUCAACAUUGAUGGUAUUCGGUACGUUCGGACGAUAUCAAACACACCCAUCCCCAAAGGCGAGGUGGUCUGGGACGCAGUUUCACCGGGGAUGAGAGAUGUCCUCUACUUAGUAGAAGAUCAUUUGGGUAUUCGACAAGUCACUACAAACCCCGGGGCGCCACAGUUUCCUAACGAACGUCUCAAAUCCACAUGGUGGCGGUCAGUUCCGCUGGAACAGCGACAGGCCAAUCUUUGUACAGAUGGUUAUAAAUUACGGGCUAUCCGAUCAUCAUGGCAUCGCAUGGAGGGGUUGUGGCCAGAGCCAAUUUCGCCACCCCAGUACGGGCUUCAGUCAUUUCUUUUCCAGUGGCCACUACCCUACGCAAGAUUGAUCCCCUUGGAGCUAAACAACCCAAACGUCAUUGGCUACUCCGCUUGCUGGCGUGGAAGCCUCAUCUCCCUGCACUCUCAUAGACUCAACGAGGACGCUGAGUUCUUUCAUGAGAUUGGUUAUCCUGAAGAUGGCCCCGUAUGGACAUUUCUGGCUAUGAACCCUGGAAAAACCGUCACAGAAAUAUGGCGGAGAGAUGAUCCCGAAUUCUUUGCAAGUGCCAUCGCUUUUAGGACAAACACGGGGCGGACAAUGAUCGGGGGACAAGUUGUCAGCUAUCUCCUAAAACACCUUCAUCGGUGGGUCCGUAUUGCGAGAUUUCCUGAAAAAGGAACAAGUCGCAUGUUCUUUGAGUAUUCUGCAUCUGGCAUCCACAUGAUGAGUAUUCCGCUGCAGAAACGAUUUGAUGAGGUAGGACCGUGCCCAACAGAGACGGCAUUCGCUCUCGGUAUGUUUAUCACAUCGGGGCCCGAGUUCCACUCUUCGGCUUCCCUGGAAGAUGUCGUCGAGGUUGUUCUUUGCGAGUCGGACGACGACGCUCCACCACGCAUUACUGGCUUGCUAUUUCGAUACAAGAACGGAAAUCACGCCAGUGUGGGGAGCUUCCGGCCUCGUCGAGAUGCUACCCAGCUGUCCGUUCCUCCCAACUCUUCAGCUUUGUUUUUGGCGACGAAAUUCGAGACACGCCUUCGCUUCAAUGGGAAGAGUUUCCGUGGGACGGGAUACUUGAGUGGUGGUUCCGUUUUGAUGAUUGUCGUGUGUGUCAUGUACUGGAGCGGGAUGAUGCGCCAGAUUUGUUUUCUCCGUUAA